UUUCCCUUCUCUCUCUCCACGGAAAUCUUCCCUCCAACUAUUCAUUUUCAUUCACUUUCUCCCCUAUAAAUUGCCCCCCAUCUCUUUCACUUCUUCACACACCAUCUCUUUUGCCUUCUCUUGUAAUCUCUCCAAUGGAGUCCUCCUCUGCUCAUUACAGCGCUCAGAAAACUCCCUGGCUCUUGAGCUUCUUCACUUUCCCGGCCGUCGCCAAUCUUUUUGAUUCCCAUGUGUUAUUUCCUCUGUUUCUCGCUUUUCUCUCCGUUGCCCUGCUUACGUGGGCAUUUGCCCCUGCUGGCAUCGCCUGGAAAAAUGGGAGAAACUCUCAAGGUCGAGUCGCCAUUCCUGGACUCAAAGGUGUUCCCUUUUUCGGAAGCUUGUUUUCUUUGAGUCUCGGCUUGCCUCACCGUUAUUUGGCUUCGAUGGCGAAACGACGUCGUAGCACUGAACUUAUGGCGUUCAGUCUUGGCGAGACUCCUGUUGUUGUUUCUUCUCAUCCCGUUAUUUCUCGUGAGAUUUUAACUUCUCCUCACUUCGCUGACCGUCCGGUGAAACAAUCAGCUCGUAGCCUCAUGUUCAGCCGCGCCAUCGGGUUUGCCCCUAACGGCGCUUACUGGCGGCUUCUGAGAAGAAUUGCUUCUUCUCAUCUUUUCUCUCCCCGCCGCAUUUCCGCCCACGAGGCAGGCCGUCAAAACGACUGUGACGUCAUGCUUCGAAACAUUGCCAAUGAACAGAAGCAAAGCGGUUGCGUUUCUUUACGCAAACACCUCCAGUUCGCCGCUUUGAACAAUGUCAUGGGCAGCGUUUUUGGGAAAAGAUACGAUUUAGAACGUGACGGAAAUGAGUUCGAACAGCUUCGAGAAAUGGUGAGAGAAGGGUUCGACCUCUUGGGCUCUUUCAACUGGUCUGAUUAUCUUCCAUGGAUCAGCUUCUUUUACGACCCUUCUCGAAUCGUUGAACGUUGCUCCAAACUCGUCCCCCGAGUUCAACAAUUCGUUAAAAAGAUAAUUGAUGAACACCGACAUAAUGAGUUGAAGAAAACUUCCGAUAAUGGAGAUUUCGUCGACGUUCUGCUCUCUUUAGACGGCGAUGAGAAGCUCCAAGAAGAUGACAUGAUCGCCGUCUUAUGGGAGAUGAUCUUUAGAGGAACUGACACUACGGCUUUGUUGACUGAGUGGGUUAUGGCCGAGUUGGUUAUCAACUCGGACGUUCAAGCCAAGCUUCAGGAUGAACUCAACACCCUGGUAGGCGAUCGUUCCAUUACGGAUGCUGACGUAGCAAGAUUACCUUACUUGCAGGCGGUGGUGAAGGAAGCUUUACGGGUCCACCCACCAGGCCCACUUCUCUCUUGGGCAAGGCUGUCCACAUCAGAUGUCCAGCUCAGCAACGGCAUGCUGAUUCCUGCCAACACAACUGCCAUGGUGAACAUGUGGGCCAUCACUCACGAUGCUGAUGUGUGGGAUGACCCACAUGUGUUCAAGCCAGAGAGGUUCCUGCAAUCUGACGUGGACUUCCGAGGUGGUGACUUGAGGCUGGCGCCGUUUGGGGCAGGCCGUAGGGUUUGCCCAGGCAAGAACCUGGGGCUGGCCAUGGUGACCCUCUGGGUGGCGAAACUGGUUAGCCGUUUCAAGUGGGUUCAAGCCACCGCUAACCCUGUUGACCUAACCGAGGUGCUGAAGCUGUCGUGUGAGAUGAAGAAUCCUUUGUGUGCUGUGGCUGAGGAAAAGAAGAUUAGGGUUUAGUUUUUGCUACAAUUUCUUGUAUAUUAUAGUUCCAAUAUUUCAAGCUUAAUAUAUAUUAAUCAAUCAUUAUAAUUAUGUAAUCCAUAUUAAGCUUGGUUAAUGAAGUAAUUUGACAUUAA